UAGAGGAUUGUCUGAAGCAAUCCAGUUUGAAACAGUUCUGAUUAAAGGCUCACGCUGCAAUCUUUCCUUCUCUUUCAGAUGUUUAACAUCUCUAGCCUUAUCAGUCUCUAUCCUGUGUGUCAAUUGAUUUGCUAUGAAGCCGUUAAUCUUCUUUUCACUGGUAGCUGCAGUGGCCUGUGCGCCAAUCCAGCACAAUGAGAAACAUCAGAAAGCAAAUAAACUCCUGUUGAUCUCUUUUGAUGGGUUUCGUUGGGAUUACGACCAGGAUGUGGAGACACCACACUUGGACUAUCUAGUUGCAAAGGGAGUGAAGGCAAAAUAUAUUAAUCCACCUUUUGUCACCAUGACAUCGCCUUCACAUUUCACAACUAUCACAGGACGAUGGGUUGAAGAUCACGGAGUGGUCCACAAUAUGUAUUACAACACCACCACCCUAGUUAAACUACCGCACAAGCUCACGUUAGGAAAGACACAGUGGUGGGAUAAUGGGGUACUCCCACUCUGGAUCACAGCUCAAAACCAGGGGAGAAAGGUUGCAUCAUUCCACUAUCCAGGAGGAAAUGUGACUUAUGGUGGGCAAGCUAUAUAUCGAUCGCUGGGGGAGUCAUUUUUUCACCCAAAUGCUAAUGAGACAGAGUGGAGGCUGAACAUCGAUAUUGUCAUGGAAUGGUUUGCAAAAGAAGACUUUGAUUUUGUAACACUUUAUUACGGAGAACCUGAUAAUGUUGGACACAAAAAGGGACCAGAAACAGAGGAGAGACGCACUAUCAUUCGUCAAAUUGAUAGAACUAUUGGCUACCUAAUCAACAGCAUCGAGAAGCAUAACCUGAAGGAUAUGCUGAAUGUUAUAAUAACUUCUGACCAUGGAAUGACAACAGUAAAGAAAGCCCCUGAAAUAAAUGAAAUCAGAGUGUCCAAAUUUAUCAGUUUUAAAAAUAUUAAGCUUGAGUUAUUGGACUAUGGUGGUUUUGGGAUGAUUCUACCAAAGGAAGGGAAGACCGAAGAAAUCUACCAGGCACUGAAGAAUGCCCAUCCUCAUCUAAAUGUCUAUAAAAAGGAGGAACUUCCUGAAAGAUUUCACUAUAGUAAAAAUGAACGUAUUUUGCCAAUCCUCCUUUAUGGAGACCUUGGCUAUAAUGUGAAUGGGAGAAUCAUACUUUACAUCAAUAGAGGAGAUCAUGGAUUUCACAAUGGGGAAAUGGACAUGAAGAUGAUUUUCCGAGCGUUUGGCCCUGAUUUUAAAAGUGCUUACCUAUCGGAGCCUUUUGACAGCAUCCAUAUAUAUCCUUUAAUGUGCAUGUUAUUAGGAGUGAGGCCUGAACCUAACAACGGAUCAUUGGCAAUUACUGAAGGAAUGUUGGUCAAUUCAUUUGAAAAGUCAGAUCCUGUAGUGGUGUCCUUUAGAUCGGACCGACUUUCUGCAAUCAUAGGCUUAGCUGCUGUCCUCACGUCCCUCGUCUUAGUUGCUGUCUUUCAAGUGGCCUACUCUGCUAUUCAAAAAAGCAAAAGAUCUGAAAAUGGAAAUCAUGACAACUUCAACAAUGAAAAUGAAAGUUCGGCUACACACUUUUGAAGCCCUUCUGAGAAGCUGAUUUCAAGCCAGUCUUUCAGCUGUAAAAAAUGUAUAAAGAAUGUUUGAAAUUCACCCAUUAAAUAAAUUUUGAAAUGGCAAUAUGUUUUUUGGUGUUUUUCUUUUCUUUAUGACUGUUGUUCAUUUUUAGAGGUAUCCAUCACCAGCAUAACAAUGCUAAAUUCCUGCUGGAAAGAAAAAUGGAGACAAUGCCAUUAAAUGCUUCUUCAUAUAAAUUGAAGAGAUCAAACUGCAUACUAAAGGUAAAAUCCUUAUUCUGUCUGUCUUGAUAAACUGGAUCAAAGGUCAAUGAAAUAACAUCAGCACUUGAUAAUUAUCACACUUGCAAUCUAUCAACAAAGUUCAUUCUUUUGAUCACUUUGAUUAGGGUUCAAGACUUAAAAUUUCAGAUUUGAAGUUAACAAGGCUAGAAACAAAGGGUGUGAUAUUCAAUUUUGUAAUGUGACCUUGUUGGUUACAAGGUUUCUGUCUGUAUUCUUUCAUGGGAUGUUGGGAUAGCGCCAAACCUAUCAUAUGCUGUCCAUUUUGUGGGAUCGUGUUCAAAAAACCCAGAUGACUGAGGUUAAAGAGUGGUGAAAAUAGUGUCUUUAUUGUAUAUUCACAGCAGCAUGAUGUCAGACAAAAAUAGAAUCCCAAAAUCAUAGCUCAAAAGUAGCCUUUUCUUAUAUACUGAAUUUGUGCAUACAUCAACAUUCUAACACUUGAAUGCUAAGUAAUGGCUAUUGUACAGAAAACUGUCUUGCAUAAAAUCUGAGACGGUUUAAACACUUGCUAAACAUUAGCGGUUAUUCUAAUGAGAUUAGAGCGUCAGUCCAGUUUGUCCUUGCAC